GCAGGAGCCGAGACGGAAGUGGGGAGAGAGUUUUUAACAAGAGAAAGACACCAGCAUAAGAUUCAAGAGCAACCAGCGUGAGCGCCCAGCUUGAGAGCAAGGAAGAACUCUGUCCUGAGGGGUGUGAGGCCACAGAGCAGCAAAGCCAACACUCACGUGGAAUUCCCGGGGCUGCUGAAAACAUGCAAAUCCUGAUGCCACCUGGCCAAAGCUGCUGUGCCCUAGCCAUCCUGCUGGCAAUCGUGGACUUCCAAUGUGGUGGAUGCAUCCAAAUCACCAGCUCAGUAUCCCAGAAAGGAGGACAACUGGUCUUCACCUGCACUUUGUGGCACAAGAGGGGCGAAGCCGAGGGGCUAAUACUCUUCUGGUGCAAAGACAGGCGGUCUGACUGUUCUCCCGAGACCAGCUUAGAGCAGCUAAGGGUGAAAAGGGAUCCUGGGACAGAUGGCAGCAAUGAACAGCAAUCUCAGUUGGUGUUCACAAUACACCAAGCCACAUCAUCAGACAGUGGGACCUACCAGUGCUGUGCCCGAAGCCAGAAGCCAGAAAUCUACAUUCAUGGUCAUUUUGUCUCUGUUACAGUCACGGGGAACCACACUGAGAUAAGACCGAGACAAAUGCAGGACCAUAUUGACAGCACUCCCAGUUCAGACUUCCUGCAAAUAAAGGCCUGCGGGAUGCUGGUCACCAUCCUGGUGGCUCUUCAAGCUCUAUAAACCUUAUGACAAAAAAAAAAAAAACCUUCAAAAGAAGGUACAGCAAGAUAAGUCUAAGUCUGACAACGCACACAAGAAGAACGGAACGGGGACCAGAUGCCGAGCAGACCAAGAAUCUGGAGGGCCAGCAAGAUGACUCAGCCAAGAACUGGAGCUUACCUGCCAAGCUUUAGCUCAAACCUCUGCACCCACAUGGUGGAAGGAGAUAACUGACUCCCCCAAGCUGUCCUCUGACCUCCACGGGAGUGCCGUGCUCUGACCCCAAUAAAUAAAAUCAUUCCAGGGAUCUGGCAGAGCGU